CCAAGACAUUUUCAAGCCUGAUAAACUUUCAAGCGGAGCAAUAACUUCUGACCUCCAGAAUUCAAGCUUAUUCACGAGUACCUGGAACGCUAAAGAAAUACCAAAUYUCCUGCAGUUAAUUCAAAGAACAAACUUCAGAAUUAGUUGGUCAUGUCGUACGAGGGCUACUCAACGUUCAAGGUAGAAAUCAAAGACGCUGUUGCUUGGGUGACAUUUGACUUCCCUCCAGUCAACGUGCAGGGGAAACCCAUGCUGGAUGACUUGAACCGUCUUGCAGAAGCACUAGAGCCAGAUCGUUCGGUGAAAGUCGUGGUAUUCCAGUCUGCCCAUCCCGACAUCUUCGUCUGUCACGCUGACAUCGAUAUGUUGUGUGAAAUACCUGCAGUGGAGCGAAGCAUGUCAGAACCAAUAUUGUACUUGCAGCAAGUGUUGCAAAGGAUCAGCUCUCUCCCUCAAGCUACCAUCGCCAAGGUCGAGGGAAUGGCAAGAGGAGGUGGUCAUGAGUUCAUGUUGGCUUGUGAUAUGCGAUUCGCUGCUCGAGGGAAAGCAGUGUUUAUGCAAAUGGAGGUAGGGAUGGGCAUUGUUCCAUGCGGGGGCGGUACUCAGCGUUUGGCUCGUCAGGUUGGAAUGGGACGCGCAAUAGAGAUCAUUCUUGGAGCUCAUGACUUUGACGCUGACCUCGCAGAGAGAUAUGGCUCUAUCAACCGUGCCCUUGAUCCUGAAGAAAUASGACCGUUUGUCGAAGAGCUGGCUAAUCGUAUUGCUAAAUUCCCUGCAGGAUCUAUAACCGCAUGUAAGAGAUGUGUCGUAUCAGCAGUUGAUACUCCAAUCGAUGAGGGUCUCAAAGUCGAGGCGUACCAGCUCGGACAAGCUAUGACCCAGACCCCUGCUGCCAAGAGGUUUGCCUUCGGGAAGGAAAAGGGUAUACAGGAUGACCUGGAGACACAGAAAAACUGGGAUAAAGGAGUCAUGGAUAUUCAAGCCAUCCAGUGACAGUCUCAGAAACACGGCCCGGGAAAACGGACAACGACCAAGAUCGGAUCGGAUCGGAUCCACAGGCAGCCAAAUCUCCGUUUUUAUGCCAUAGAGGGGGAUUGGGCUGCCUGUGGAAAACAUUUGCGCUUUUGAGCUAAAAUGAUCAUGAAAAAAUGUUUUAAAAAAAGAAAAGUGUAGUGUGCGUCUGGAAAUUCAGGUUCAAUAAACUUGUUUUUUUUAAACUUUCAGUUGUCGAGGAGGUAGUGAAGUGGUGGUGGCAAAGGCAAUUUAUUGUCACCAUGUAAAUCAGUUUUACAUUGGCUUAAAAGACAAUAAACUAAACUAAACAA